AUGGCACUAACUAAUCCCUGUGUCGACCACAUUCGCGCGCUACAAGCGGCUUCAGAGUGGCUUCCCUGGGAAAGCAGCGUGCUGCGUCUUGAAGCAACAUCACUGGGUACUGCCUGGGCAGCGGGGUCCAUUCCCAUGGAAGCUCAUCAAGAAGGUGAUCUCCCAGUAUCACAUCGUCGGCGUCCAGGAACCCAAAUUCCGCGACGUACACCAUCUGUCAAAGGUUCAAUUUCAUCUAUCUUCAAUCUCCAAGCAUCGCUUAUUUGUCAGUGA